GUGAGGGACAGCCUGUCGUUGGAACAGAAGUUUAAGGGGUAACAGCAAGGAACGGUAAACAGUGGAUCCUACAUCAUCGUUGGUCACAAGGCAGGGGUCAAACCAAUCCUGUUUACGUCAGUCGAGAAACAUCCUUAAGAGAAGUGCCGGCCAGCUGUCGUCAGGUUGUUUAGAGACGUUUGGUUGCUGCUUCGGACGCUCUCGUUCCCCAGCGCGGUGAUGCGGGGCCCGUAUGUGUGUGCGCUGGUGCUGCUGGUGCUGCAGCUCCCGGGCUUCUGUGUGGCUCAGUUCCCCCGGCUGUGUGCCACCUCGGAGGCCCUGAGGACCAAGGAGUGCUGCCCGGCGUGGCAGGGCGACGGCUCGGCCUGCGGGGCCAUGUCCGGCCGGGGCUUCUGCGCGGAGGUGGAGGUGUCGGAGGAGCCGUGGGGGCCCCAGUACCCCCACAGAGGCAUCGACGACAGGGAGCGAUGGCCACUGGCCUUCUUCAACCGCACGUGCCGGUGCGCCGGGAACUACGACGGCUUUAACUGCGGCGAGUGCCGCUUCGGCUACCGGGGCCCCGGCUGCGGCGAGUUCCGGGAGUCGGUGCGGCCCAACAUCCUGAGUCUGUCGGUCGCCGAGCAACAGAGGUUCAUCUCUUACCUGAACCUGGCCAAGAACACGGUCAACCCCGACUACGUGAUCACCACGGGGACCAGGGCGGAGAUGGGCGUGGACGGGGAGAACCCCAUGUUCUCCGACGUCAACACCUACGACCUGUUUGUCUGGAUCCACUACUACGUGUCGCGGGACGCCUUCCUGGGCGGGCCGGGGAACGUGUGGCGGGACAUCGACUUCGCCCACGAGUCGGCCGCCUUCCUGCCCUGGCACCGAGUCUUCCUGCUGCUCUGGGAGCACGAGAUCCAGAAGAUCACGGGGGACUUCAACUUCACCAUCCCGUACUGGGACUGGAGGGACGCGCAGGCCUGCGACGUGUGCACCGACGCACUGAUGGGCGGCCGCAGCAGCCUCAACCCCAACCUGAUCAGCCCCGCCUCAGUGUUCUCCUCCUGGAAGGUCAUAUGCACCCAACCAGAGGAGUACAACACACAGGAGACGCUUUGCAAAGCCAACGGCGAGGGGCCUUUGCUGCGCAACCCAGGCAACCACGACCCAGGGCGCGUGACCCGCCUCCCCACCUCGGCGGACGUGGACGCGGUGGUCGGCCUGACCGAGUACGAGACCGACACCCUCGACCGCUUCGCCAACGGGAGCUUCAGGAACGCAUUGGAAGGUUUUGCCAACCCAGAGACCGGCAUGGCCAUCACCGGCCAGAGCACCAUGCACAACUCCUUACACAUGUUCAUGAACGGUUCCAUGUCUUCUGUCCAGGGCUCUGCCAACGACCCAAUCUUUCUCCUGCACCAUGCAUUCAUUGACAGUAUCUUUGAGCGCUGGCUGAGGACCCACACACCCCCCCGCACCCUCUAACCCCGAACCAACGCCCCCAUCGGACACAACGACGGCUACUACAUGGUGCCCUUCCUGUCUCUCUACCGGAACGGGGACUACUUCGUGACCAACAAGGUUCUGGGAUAUGAAUACGCCUAUCUGAUGGACCCUGGCCAGAGGUUUGUCCAGGAGUUCCUGACCCCCUACCUUCAGCAGGCCCAGAACAUCUGGCAGUGGCUCUUGGGUGCUGGGAUCCUGGGUGCACUGAUCGCUACCCUGGUCGCCGCAGUUGUCGUCGUGGCGAUCAGGAGGAGGAAACGGAGUAACAGGAGGAAGCUGCAGUCCAUCUACGGCGAGAGGCAGCCGCUCCUGAACAGCAGCUCAGAGGAGGGGUCCGCGUCGUACCAGACCACCAUGUAGCGUGGCCGUUUGGACACACACACACACACACACACACACACACACACACACACACACACACACACACACACACACACACACACACACACACACACACACACUCACACAAACGUAUGCAAGCAGUACAUACUUGUGUCAAUGUGCACACCCCAUAGAGAGAACACCUCAUUGGCCAUUAGUGGGAAAUGAUUCAGUGCACUUAUGCACGCCAUUAAAGGGUUAAUUUCCCAAUGGCGCAAGCAGAUAAAAAUAGACCAAAUUCGAAUCCAUCUUUUCCCUAAAAGGCUAUUACUACUGCAAUUGGCAACCUUAGUUAGUUCCUACUGAGAGUGACAGAUCACGAGAAGAUUGGGUUUCUUAAAUAUGCAAUUUACUGGCACCACCAAGGAGAUUUAACACAUCCUAAAAGCACAUCCAAAGUGAGGAUUUUAUAGUUCCACCAUUUUACCAAAAGGUGACCUUUCCUCGCUGACUUUUUUUUUGACUCUCUUUAGUUUCAGUAAUUUAUUAUUUUUGUUUUCCUUUUAUUUUGACUCGGUUCCAAGAGGAUCCCUCCGAUAUCUCCUGUAAGUCUCCUGAGAUGCAGUGACCCUGAUUGAACUGAAUAAUGAUUUAAAUGAAAGAACUCAAGUACAAAUCACAAAGGAUGUGCUAUAUUUUCACUGGUGGCUAGCCGGUAAACUCUAGUACCUACCUGACCCUGACCACCAGGAGGCUCUCUGACUAAUGUUAUUAUCCAACUGCCUAAGUCCAUGAACCACCGCUGCUAUUCAAUUUGAAUUGUAAGAAGAAAAUGAACUAUGAACGACCGUAUCUCGUCCGUGAGCGAGAUGCUCACCCUCAUAUCAUCAGUAAAGUAAGACUCCAUUGCAUCUCAACGAUCCUACUUCUUUGGACGAGCAAUAAAGUUGAUCCGAGUCUAUCUUUCUUUGUGGUCUUCACCCGACUGAUUGCUGCUCAUUGUAAACUAAAGCCAAUUCCUGUGGAGAAACACAACGAGGCUUUGG